CCGACCAGUUGAGUGGAUCGGAGACGCUGACUUCGCAGGACGACCUGAAGAGAAGUGAGCGACCCUCUGGCGGCGCUUUGGUUCGCUGGGAAGUUGGAAGAAAGCGAGCGGGUGUAGUCAUGGCGGACUACCCAGGUUGUCAUGGCCGACUCGGAGUCACCAGCCAUCUCACAACAUCAACUUCGAUCUCAUAAUCCCAACCAGACAAAAGAUUUAUAACAGAGCACUUGACGUCGAUUUUCACUUGAAACACAUUCCAGAGACGACAGUUAGAUCAACCCGUUACAGGAACCAUCUUGAUUUCCCGCCUUCCCAGACUUCAACAAAUAUGUCGUACACAGCCCCUCCACAACGCAUCACCUUCGAUGGCUUCCUCUUCGACAUGGACGGUACCAUCAUCGACUCAACAGAGGCCGUCGUGAAGCACUGGCACACAGUCGGCAACGAAAUAGGUGUUGCGCCCGAUGUGAUCCUCGAAACAUCGCACGGCCGCCGGAGCAUCGACAUCUUGAAGAUUCUGGCACCCGAAAAGGCCAACUGGGAGUACACCCGUGAGAUGGAGGGUCGUCUGCCCAGGCUCUACGGCAAGGACGCCGUCGAGAUCCCGGGAGCCAGGGCGCUGCUGGAUGCCCUGAUCGAGGAGAAGGCGCCCUGGGCCAUCGUCACCUCAGGGACCGAACCCCUCGUCGGCGGGUGGCUCAACGUCCUGCAGUUGCCCCAGCCCGAGCACCUCGUCACCGCAGAGUCCGUCGAGAACGGCAAGCCAGACCCGACCUGCUACCUCAUCGGCCGUGAGAAGCUCGGCCUGCAGGAUCCGUCGAAGCAGAUCCUCGUACUUGAGGACAGCCCGGCCGGCAUCAGAGCCGGUAAAGCAGCCGGAUGCAAGGUCCUGGGCCUCGUCACAAGCCACACCGUUGAGCAGGUCGUGAGCGCCGAGCCGGACUGGAUCGUCAGAGACCUUGACUCGGUUAGGGUCGUCGAGAGCAGGGACGGCGUCGUUACUCUCGAGUUCUCCAACGCCCUCGUCCCGAACCCCACGGCCUGAGGAAUGGAGUUUCUGCUAAGUAAAUCGAUAGAUGAAAAUAGACCUUGUUUGCCUAGGCUCUACUAGCAGUUCAGAGGUCGCAGUCCCCCCCCCUUUGCCCCUGGGGGCAAACCAGGGAGAACACCAGGGCCUCCCCAUGAACAAAUCGACCGCUGACCAGCCAGACCAUCUCGAGGGGGCACACACUAAUAGCUGCCCCCGUACUGUCGAGGAAGUGGAUGGACUUGAAUGGGCAAGUGGCCUUCGUCGGGGAAUAGGCCCGCUGGAGUCAGAAGAUCCCACCUAUCCGCACAGGCGGUCCGGUGAGAUGUGAUGUCGGCUCUUACCCGGGCAGCAGUGUAACGAAAAAAAACAUCAUUGACCUCCAUCUGCGA